UCUCUCUUUACCUGUCUAAAUCUAGAUCUAGAUUACUGGCCCAAGUCACAUGUAUAAUGUACGGAAUCAUAUUCAAACAAAAUGGCGUUGUUUGGGUGGCCGCAUUUUGUAUGGCAACCGUCAACGAACAAACAUUUUACAAAUGUGAUAAUCAGGAAUCAUAGAAGUUGAGAGUCUAUGCUAUAGUUAAAUUUUUGCAAGUACAUCCAAUGAGUGUGUGAUUAGUCUGAGGGAACCGAGAAGAGACGUCAAAAUGAGUGCGGCCCCAGCUGAGCCAUCAGACAAACUGGUGGACAGGAAUCGCUUGCACUACUGGGUACAACACAUUGCCAAAGUUUUGAGUCGCAAUUCAAAGAAACUGACUCUUGAAGACAUGCAACAGAUUCGAUAUGCAUCUGCCAAGCUUUUUCAGCUUGUUCAGCAAAUAGAAAAACCAAGUAAAGACAGCUUCAUGAAACAGUAUUCUUCGGUCGAUACUUUGAUAACUGUUUUACAGAUUGUCAGUUGUGAACAGACCAUCAAUAAUAUUGUGAACAUAUUCAUCGACUGUGUUGGCAAAAUUCAGCCUGCAAAACGAGCAACUGUUUUGGUUAACCAUGGGCUGACCACAGUAUUGUUCCAAAUGUUGAAAUUGGCUCACACCACGGAAAUCACUUUCCUGGAGGAUACGCUUAUAGCAAUUCAUGUUCUUCUCAGCAGGAUUGGACACAAAGACCGGAAGUUUGCUGUGAAGGCGAGACUUCACCAGAGCUUAAUGUUGACUUUAAACUUGGUGAAGUCGAACUUUCAUAACUUCAGAAGCUUGCAGCCGCUGCUACAGGUGCUAAAACUAUAUACCAACAACAGUGUCAACGCUUCAUACCUGGGGAAGAACAACUCCAUCAACAUCAUGUUUAAGGUCAUCAGUGCGUGCGGCAAACGUCACACAGUGGAUUUGAGGCUGGCAUUAGAGAACCUCAGCAACAUGACCAAAUCAAAAAGCAACUCUGCACGCCUUAUUGGGAUGGGCGGGGUCCCCCAGCUGCUCACUUUGCACUCGGAGUGGCAACAAAUGGACACCAAGCACAGGAAUCUCUCCAUACGCAGAGCCAUUCUGCUGAUACUAAGGAAUAUUACCAAUCUCAAAUCCGGACGCAAAGCCUUUGUUGAUGCAGAUGGAAUUCGUAUUUUGUAUGAGAGUGCCCUGGAAGCCAGUGACUGUCGUGAUAUGGAGAGUUUGAUCCUCUUGGCUAGUGUGAUUCUGCGGAAGUGCUAUCCUCGCAACAAACUGCCCAUUGACUCUACACUGUGUCCAGCUAGAUUCAUCUUACCAGACUCACCAAAUCACAUACCUGAGUGUUACAGCCUACCGAACUAUCCAGACUCUGAUAAUAGAGAGGGAUUGCUACCCUCAAAGUUCGGGAGAGUCUACGAUGUUGUUCGUAACUUGAUUGGAGGGGCUGUGCCCGUGUGCUCAUGGCAAGACGGGCCUCAGGCGGAGGAGAGUGACCACAGCUCCAUGGACGAGGAUGACGAUGUGGACAGUGAUGACGAGGAGUUUCGGACAGAUACAGAGGAGCCUGAUGAUGAUCAGUUAGAUGGGUUAGAGCCUGCCGAGAGGAGGACUACGGAGGAUCUGAGGAUGUACGACACUUUUUUCCCAGAACUUUUCUUGAAUGAGAGCUCCCAGCCAAAUAUUCUUACCUCACCGGCUCAGAGCUCCACGUCCGACUUCACAACAGCCAGAAGUCAGACCUUUAUGUCUCCCCCCGAUGUGCUUGGGAUGAGGCAGACGGUGUCGGACGUCAGUCUCUUCGACAUGUACAGAAAGGCCAACAUGGAUUUCACCACCACCUCACGUUACUACCAGCAGGCUCCUUCAAGCUGUGGCCGCCCUGCCACUCACAGUCAGACAUUUGUAAAAGGUUUGGAACGAGAUGAGAAGAGUGUGAGUGCUAUCAAUCUGAAAACAGGAUCCAGCGUCAUAUCCUUAGAGCUGGGCCCAAGACCUUCAGCCACUGCUGCCAAAUCUGCCAAGAGUCUUCCCAAAGGAAAACCAAAGAAGCGUUCAGUGACAGUACCCAAAGAGAAGAAAGGCCGCAAGCUUUCCACUUCCAGGGCGGAUGAGAUAGUCCCUGAUACUUCAAGUGCCUUGAACUGUACCUCCUUCCAAGAAUGUGAUGACUCGGAUCAGGGAACUCUGUCCAGCAACGAAGAUCUUGAUGGGGAAUUUUGUGAGUUCAUUCAUGAUGCCCAGCUGUAUGGUCAGAUGGCUGCUGACACAUUUAGUGUUCAUCGUUUCCAGAAACUAGCUUUUCCUGACCUGUAUGGAGCAAAGGGACACUCAAAGAGAAUGGAAAACCUUGUCUCUCGAAAGUUUGGAGUUCAAAGAAUGAAAAUAUUUGAAGAUAUUGACAGAAUGAUACAUGAACAGUACCUUGUUGACCGUGUGGUCUACGACUUGGACAGGAUCAUAGCAGAAGCGGGAGACAGUUACUGUGGGAGCAAAUCAAAUCUGUCCAACAGGGACGAACUCAGGGUUGGCUACAUAGACCAGCAUUCAGAGGCCCUCAAGUUUAAUGCUCAGUUUGAAUGUGGAAAUCUUCGAAAAGUGAUUCAGGUGCGACAGCAUGAGUAUGACCUGAUUCUUUCUCCGGACAUCAACUCCAACCACCACCACCAGUGGUUUUACUUUGAAGUCAGCAACAUGCAGUCUAAUGUGCCUUACAGAUUCAACAUUGUCAACUGUGAGAAACUCAACAGCCAGUUCAACUUUGGAAUGCAGCCUUUGAUGUUGUCUGUAAUGGACUCCAUACAAGGCAACCCUUGCUGGACGCGUGUUGGAAACGACAUCUGCUACUACAAGAAUCAUUUCAUCCGCAACCCCAACACCACAGGAGGUGUCAAGGGCAAGUCAUACUACACAGCGACCUUCACCGUCACCUUUGAGCACAGUGGAGACAUUUGUUACCUCAGCUACCACUACCCAUACACUUACACUCAACUGAAGACUCAUUUAUGUCAGUGGGAAAAGACGCUGGACUCUAAUCUGAUUUACUUUCAAAACCAAGUGUUGUGCAAAACGUUAGGAGGAAAUGAUGUGCCUGUCUUAACAAUCACCGCUCAGCCUAAAGGCGUGGACAGGGAAAGCCUGGAGGAGUUCAGGAGUCGUCCGUACAUCUUUCUCAGCGGACGUGUCCAUCCAGGGGAGAGUAAUGCAAGUUGGAUCAUGAAAGGCACAAUUGAUUUCUUGCUGAGCCGCAAGCCACAAGCACAACAGGCAAGAGAGAUGUUCAUCUUCAAGAUCGUCCCUAUGCUCAAUCCUGACGGAGUUUUAAAUGGAAAUCACAGAUCGUCUCUAGUUGGAGAGGAUCUGAACCGACGCUGGGCGAAGCCGUGCUCCAUUCUUCAUCCUACCAUCUAUCACACAAAGGGUUUACUACUUUAUCUGAAUAUGAUCAACAAAACACCUAUGGUCUACUGUGACUAUCAUGGGCAUUCAAGGAGGAAAAACAUCUUUAUGUACGGUUGCAGCCCUGCUCAGUCCUGGAUUGCUAAUGAUACUCAGAACCCAGUGUGCACAAAUGGAAAAAUGAAUGACACAAGUUUUAAGGCCCUUCCCCGCUUACUUCACAGCAGCUGCCCCUCCUUCUGUCAGCAAAACUGCAGCUUUGUUGUGGAGCGAGUGAAAGAAUCCACGGCACGAGUCGUGGUCUGGCGACACAUUGGGGUUGUCAAGUCCUACACAAUGGAAUCCAGCUACUGUGGUUGUGACCAGGGGAAGUAUAAGGACAUGCACAUGAACACCAGCAUGCUGGAAGAGAUGGGUCACAAGUUCUGUGAGACUCUGGUGAGACUAGCUCGACUGAAGGGUGCCUACGACCAACAGAUGCCUAACCUUGACCCUGACUCGGGUCUCACUGGAGCUAUGGCGGAAGAAUAUGGUGAUGACCUGGCAGCUGGAACCAGCAGGGUGUUCCAGGGCAAAGAUGAUCCGCUCAACAUGGAAUCUCUUCUGAAUGCUUCUGAAUCUGAUGAUGAUGACGAUGAUGAGGAUGAGGAAGAGGAAUUUGAUGAUGACCUAUUAGAUCAAUAACAUUUCAAUUUCAACAUGUUGUUUCGAAUGAUGAGGGUGAAGAUGAAGGAAAGGAAUUUUGUUUUGACCUCUAGACUAGUCACUUUCAAGCUAAAACUAAAGUGUUUGCUUAGGAAUAAUGGAAAUCCUGUCAGUGUUUAGUGGUUUGCACUAUAGUGGUGUCUGCCUAGCACUACUAACAGCGACCCCAUUGGGAAGCAGCUCUUGUUUGUUGUUAGGCGGAGAUUGUGGCUAAAUGAAUUUUCAAAAGGGGAGGCAUCCACUUAUUUCAGACAUGUACCGGUACUUACAAUGUGCGCUCACACGUGCAUGAGUCCUAAUCACUUGUUGUGGUGAUGUUGCUGCAUCAGAAAGUGACAAAAUAGGCAGCAUCAGCUUUCAAGUGAGCCAAUGUUCAUUACAGGGCAGUUAUGUUACAUACAGUAAUUAAGACCCCCAACUAGUAGACUUCAAGAAAGACGGCUCAUGACGAGAGGGUGUGAACUGAUCUCCUGUCCCCUGUGUAGUGUAUUUUUCGCCAGAGUAUGUGUUGUGAGGAGAUAGACGAAAGGAGGAGGGAUGCAUUCACUAUGAAAUUAUAGGUAAUUCUUGUUGUUAACACUGUUCUGAAAUUGUCUAAAAAAAUUUUGUCAGAUAGAUAUUAGCAGCGAAGGUUACUGUUGGAGGAAAAUGCUGUCAAGGGAAUAUUUAUAUGUGGGAAAAUUCCAUUUUGCAUGACAUGUUUAGGUUGCUGUUGUACAGAGGUUGCUCUUAUGUUGGUUGUUGUUUAGUGGACACCACUGCAAUUCAUUUUCCUCAUCUGAAAUAUCUCAAUCUGUUUCCUAAUUUUGUCCUUCGGUUGUUCAGUAUCUGUGCCAUUUCCAUGCUAUUAAGUUGAUAGUAUACUUGUAUGUUAGUCCAUUACUUCAGACAUACUGAAGGAUGAUAGUUCAAGUCAGGGUCAGUACAGUACUGUGGAGAUAUUUUGUUUGUUACGUGUUUUAGGGAUGAUAAGUCAAUUACAACCAGCCGGCUUGUUAGUCAAAUGCGACUAAGAGUAAAUUCUACUGAUUUUUAUGUGCCUUUAGAUCAUCUUAAAACAAACAUGCAUUUAGACCUGUGUUCAUAGUAGCUGUAGUACAAGCUCAUCAUAGCGUGCUUGCAAAAAUCUAAAACUUAGUUUUUAGACUGUGAUAGAUAUAUGUCAUGUUUUGCAUCAACUUUUGAAAGUCAAAUCAUUUGUAAGAAUUUUUUUCAUGACUAGGCAAGUGUCAGUUUCUUUGUUCUUAGUCUUGGAGGCAGUGAUCUUUUUUUUUUUACUCUGAAGUGUUGAGAGUGCAAAAUACAGUAAUGGAUAUUAUCUGUGGAAACAAGGUGUAUGUAAAUGCUGACUGAGGGGGUCAUAUGGUUUCCUUUGUUUCAGUACAAAAUAUACCUAUAGUAUUGAUUUAGUUAUACGUUAGUCUCCGCCUAAACGCAAGGUGCUCGGGAGGGCUCCUUAGAGUGUAUUUAUACAGAGCAUGCAUUUACAUGAACCUGUGCAUAGGGAGGAAAGGACGCAAUCAUCUCAAUUCCUCGAUAUUCUAGUGACCGCCCUUGGGGGUGAGGGUCACUUACGCCGAUUAUGUGACGACACGUGACUUUUAUUAAGGAUUCCCCGACUGCGGUUAAGAAUAAUGGGUGGGGGGGG